GUACAAGAAAAGUGCAAUGGAGAAAGCACGCGCAGCCAUCCUCUUCCUGCUACUCCUCGUCGAUUUCGCCGUAGCAGCACAAAACGCCACCGCCGGCGAAGCAGAUGGAUUCCACGUCGGGGUGAUCCUCGACCUGGGAUCGCCGGUGGGCAAAGUGGCGCGGACCAGCGUUCUGCUGGCCGUCCAAGAUUUCUACGCCGUCCACCGGAACUACAGCACGAAGCUUGUUCUCCAUAUUACGGACUCCAUGGGCAGCGAUGUCCAGGCUGCAUCAGCAGCUAUUGAGUUGCUGGAGAAAUACAAAGUGCAGGCCAUCAUUGGUCCCCAGAAAUCAUCAGAAGCUGUGUUCAUAUCCAGUGUUGGAAAUUUAACCCAAGUCCCCAUAGUAUCAUUCACAGCAACAAGCCCCUCUCUCACUUCUGAUAGUAUGCCGUAUUUUGUACGAUCAACACUGGAUGACUCGGCUCAGGUGAAUAGCAUUGCCUCGCUUGUACAGGCCUAUGGAUGGAGAGAGGUGGUGGCAGUAUAUGACGACACCGACUAUGGGAGAGGCAUUCUACCAUACCUCAUUGACGCACUUCAAGAAAUUGAUGUCCGUGUUGGGUAUCGCAGUGUUAUCCCUUCAACAGCAACAAAUGAGGCCAUGGUGCAAGAACUCAAUGGAUUGAUGGCAAUGCAAACAAGGGUAUUUAUUGUUCAUAUGUCAUCCACUAUGACCUCCCUUCUUUUUACAAAGGCAAAAGAGGUAGGGAUGAUGAACAAGGGAUUUGUUUGGAUGACCACAAGUGGAGUGGCAAACAUCAUCGACUCACUCAAUCCAAGUGUCAUUGAGGCAAUGAAUGGUGUGCUAGGAGUAAGAUAUCAUGUUCCCAGAUCACAAGAACUUGACAACUUAUCCAUAAGGUGGAACAGAAUGUACCAACACGAUAACCCGGAGGAGUCACCCUUUAAUAAACUAAGCAUUUUUGGACUAUGGGGCUAUGAUACGGUAUGGGCAUUGGCACAAGCAGCAGAAAAGGUUGGGAUAUCCGGUGCCAGAAAUAAGCAACCAUGGUCCAUUAAAAACUCCACAUGCUUGGAAUCAAUGGUUAUUUCCACUAAGGGUCCUGAACUCUUAAAGGCAAUCGUACAAAACAAAUUCAGAGGUUUAAGUGGUGACUUUGACCUUACAGGCAGACAACUUAAAGUUUCUGUGUUCCAAAUAAUAAACGUGGUUGGGAGAGGUUGUAGAGAAAUCGGGUUUUGGACUAUGAAUAGUGGACUUUCACGGCAGUUAAAGCAAGAAUACUUCAAAAAGACAGGACCAGACUCAAUGCCUGACCUAAAUCCUAUAAUUUGGCCAGGAGAGUCCACCGAAAUACCAAUGGGCUGGGAAAUUCCUACGGUUGGUAAGAAGCUUAGAGUUGGUGUGUGCUCGAGCGAAAAUCCAGAGUUUAUAAACACAUACAAAAAUCCUGCCACAAAUGUAACAACAGCGAGUGGACUGGUAAUUGACAUAUUUGAGGAGGCAGUAAAGAGGCUACAUCAUCCAUUUUCUUAUGAGUACCUAAAUUUUGACACAGCUGAUACAAAAACUUCGGGGAGCUACAAUGAUUUUGUUUAUCAAGUCUAUCGUGGGGAAUACGACAUAGCUGUUGCAGACAUUACUAUAAGAUACAAUAGAUCACUGCAUGUCGACUUCACCGUACCAUACACAGAAUCCGGAGUAGGGAUGAUUGUUCCAUUCAAGGAAAAAGUGAAUACGGAUAUGUGGCUUUUCUUGAAACCACUGAGCAUUGAGAUGUGGUUUGGAAGCAUCAUAUUCUUUAUAUACACAGGAGUUGCUGUCUGGCUGUUGGAGUAUCUAAAUGGCAAUGAACAUGUUCAUGGUCCCCUAUCACUCAAACAAUUGGCGAUUACAAUAUUCUCCAUUUGUGAACAGAAGGAGGAGCUGGAACACUUUCUAGCUAGAACUGUUCUACGUGUAUGGAUGGUUGUUCUUCUGGUACUUGCAUCAAGUUAUACAGCAAGCUUUGCAGCAAUGCUUACUGUACAGCAGCUUUCACCAACAGUGACUGAUGUUCAUGAACUCCAGAAGAAUGGAGAAUAUGUAGGGUUCCACCAAGGUUCCUAUAUAGAUGGUCUAUUGGUGGAGAUUGGUUUUGAUACAUCAAAGAUCAGGGGCUAUGCUACACCUGAUGAUUUCUAUAGUGCUCUUUCUAACGGAAGCAUUGCUGCGGUUGUACUCGAAGUCCCAUAUAUUAAAUUGUUUCUCACAAAGUACAACAAAGGUUACACAAUGGUGGGGCCUAUUUACAAGAGUGCGGGUUUUGCAUUUGUAAGUUUAACUACACUCACUAUUCUCUUGAAAAGACUGCUAGUGAGCCACGCAAAUGAUAUGAUUAUAUGUUUCCUUUAAUUCUACCAAUCAUGUCACCACAAGAUUGCAGUUUCAAAAGAAUUUUAGGAUAACAAAAACGGUUGGUAUGGUUAUCUAAUAGCAAAAGUGAAUAAAUGUAUCUCCGAGUGGAAUGAUGCAAUUUUAGGAUAAGAAAUUGCUGCAAGUAGCUCUAGUAAAAAAGGCUAGACGACGAAAUAAAUAACAGAAGUAACACAAUAUCACUUUUUAUAAAUCUAACUACUAUACACGACAACAUAUAUACAAGAGGCUUGGAGAACCACAACAUAGAUACAUACCUUUACAUCAGAAACAUAGGAAGUGAGCCUAGCUCACUUGGCUAGUGGAGUGGAUGUACAACCCAGCCACCCAGGUUCAAGUCCUCACGGGCGUGAAUUUGGGUUCUUAUUAUUUAAAAGAAAAACUCGCUGUGGGGGGCUUCCCCUACCGCUUUCCUUUUCAAAAAAAAAAAAUUCAGAACCAUCAACAUGAACUGGUAUUUGCAAUUGAUCACAUUAAUGCUCUGUUUAGAAUUCUAG